UUACAACCUAUAUAUUGAUCAACAGUUAGUCAAAAUUCUUGCAGUUUGCAUACAUACUGCAUUGCUUCGUCACUGGGAAAAUAUCUGUAAUAUCCUAGAAAAAUGACAAAGUGGUUGUUGCUGGUGGUGUGUCUUGGUAUAGUUUGUCAAGAUGUCACAAGCGCAGCUGUGAAUCAUCAAAGAAAAUCUUUAAAUAAUUUGGCAAAUUCGAUGAACGUGAUUUACGAAUGGAAACACAUUGAUUAUGAUUUCGGUAGCGAAGAAAGACAACAAGCUGCGAUUCAAUCUGGCGAAUUUGAUCACACAAAAAAUUAUCCUUUCGAUGUCGAUCAAUGGCAUGAUAAGAUAUUUGUCACCAUAGAAAGAUUAAAUGGUGUGCCUUCUUCUCUGAAUGUGGUAACUAAUAGAAAAGGUAAAGGCGGACCUCUUCUACAACCAUAUCCUAAUUGGUCGUUUGCUAAAUAUGAAGAUUGCUCUGGAAUUGUGAGCGCUUUCAAAAUUGCGAUCGACAAAUUCGAUAGAUUAUGGGUUCUGGACUCAGGUCUUGUCAAUAAUCAACCCAUGUGCUCUCCAAAAUUGGUAACCUUUGAUCUGAAUACCUCAAAAUUGGUUAAGCAAGUCGAGAUACCACAUAAUAUUGCCGUAAAUGCCACCACAGGAAUGGGAGAAUUAGUAUCACUAGCUGUUCAAGCUAUAGAUCCUACAAAUACUAUGGUGUACAUAGCAGACGAAAAAGGUCAAGGUUUAAUCAUCUACCAAAAUUCCGACGAUUCCUUCCAUCGAUUGACUUCCAAUACUUUCGAUUACGAUCCCAGAUAUACCAAACUGACAGUCGCUGGAGAAAGUUUCACAGUGCAAAAUGGAAUUUGUGGAAUUGCACUUAGUCCUGUGACGAACAAUCUUUAUUACAGUCCUCUCGCUUCUCACGGUUUGUAUUACGUUAAUACGGAACAAUUCAGGAAACCACAAUAUGGAGAAAAUAACGCCCAAUAUGAAGGAUCUCAAAAUAUUUUGGGCACUCAAUCAUUCGCUAAAGUAGUAUCGAGAAAUGGCGUCCUUUUCUACGGACUCGUGGGUAAUUCAGGUCUUGGUUGCGUGAAUGAGCAUCAAGUACUUCAGAGAGAAAGUUUUGAUGUUGUCGCUCAGAACGAAGAGACACUUCAAAUGAUCGUUAGUAUGAAAAUCAUACAAGAUUUCCCACAAUUCAGAAUUAAGGAACUAAGGAAUGAAUAUAUGUUGGCCUUAAGUAACAGAAUGCAAAAAAUAAUAAACAAUGAUUUUAAUUUCAACGAAGUAAAUUUCCGAAUUUUGGGUGCGAAUGUAAAUGACUUAAUAAGAAACACUCGUUGCGAAAAACCUACUAAUCAGAAUGCUAACAAUCAGAAUGAUAACAAUCAGAAUGCUAACAAUCAGAAUGCUAACAAUCAGAAUGCUAACAAUCAGAAUGCUAACAAUCAGAAUGAUGCUAACAAGCAGAAUGGUCACCAGCAGAAUGGUAACUACCAGAAUGAUAACAAGCAAAAUGUUAACAGGCAGAAUGCUAACAGGCAGAAUGGUAACAAGCAAAAUGAUAACAGGCAGAAUGAUAACAGACAGAAUGAUAACAGACAGAAUGAUAACAGGCAGAAUGAUAACAGGCAGAAUGAUAACAGACAGAAUGAUAACAGGCAGAAUGAUAACAGGCAGAAUGAUGACAGGCAGAAUGAUAACAGGCAGAAUGAUAACAGGCAGAAUGAUAACAGGCAGAAUGAUAACAGACAGAAUGAUAACAGACAGAAUGAUAACAGGCAAAAUGAUAACAAGCAGAAUGCUAACAGGCAAAAUGGCAACAAGCAGAAUGAUAAUAAUCCGAAUGAUAAUAAUCAAAAUGAUAAUCAAGUUCGUCAUUCUUCAAAAUCACAUUAAAUCAAUUAAUUAUCAAUUAAAAUCAAUUAAU